CUUCCACCUUGUCUGAAAUUUUGUUUCUUCCGCAUGGAUGACGCGUCGCGGGAUGCAUUAGUGGAGGACAGGAUUGCUCAGCUUCAAGUGAUCGCAGAGCGACGGAAUGCGCUGCUUCGCCAAAUGUACUACAUGGUGCAUCGUCGGCAGACCAUGGGCGCUGUCAUUCGAAUGGAGGAGCAGGCGGACGAUGAUGACGGCUUAGUGGCCUUUCUAGACCAAUUUAAUCUGGAGAAACAUCCGGAAACUGGCUUCAUUAAGAACUUUGAUCACCAGCAAUUCAAGUCGUUUAGCGCUCUCGACAAGGAUAAAUCCGAACCACUUCCAAGUCCAUUGUCUCAAAGACCAAUUACACCAGCUGUGCCUUUGUCCGAGUCAGACGACGAGCUAGAUCUCAUUGGCACACCCAAUGCUAACCAAUCGCGCGCGUCUUCAAUUGCUCAGCGCCCUGCGUCAGAAGAAAAGUUCAUCGUUGUUCAACGAGUUGGUGCACAAGAACCUGAGCGGGUGGCUAUUAUUGCCGAGGGUGACACCACUGAGGACGAUGGCGAGCAAAUGCAACAGGAUGUGGUCCACCAGCAACUGCCAAUUAUCGUGGAGCAAGCGGGAGAGGUGCCAGAGCCAAAUGAAGGUGACGAGAAGGAAGGGCUACCACCAGACAACGUGGCCGCGGAGGAAGCAACGAAGCCUGAUGUGGCAUCGACACGAGUGGUGGAUGAAUCGCCCAACGAAUCCAGCGAAAUGGUCGUCGACCAAAAUCUUAUUUCGGCUCAGGGCGAACUAACACCCCAACCUCAACCUACUCCCGAAUUGCUGGAGUCCCCUACCGAACCGCCCCUCGUCGCUCCUGAGAUCGAUAAAGCGAAGCAAGAACAAGAUGUAGCGAUGUCCGAAGCCACUCCAACGUUGAAGCAUGCAUCUCCGCUCCCUCAAACCCCAAGUUCAGAUGAUGGAGAGUCCAUGGUUAUCGACGAUGAUGAAGACGAUGAAGAGGUCGCAAAAGCCGUGCAACAAUCCUCGCCCCUCCCCCCACCAGCCUCUUCCUUACCAGAACCAGAACCACAGCCGAAAUCAGAUCCUGUGGUUGCUUCGCCUGUCGCGGUCCCACCUCCAACUCCCGAAAAAGUUGCGACUCCAGUUCCCCAGCAGAUUGCCGCUGUCACACCUCGCGAGGAACCUCCAGCUAUACGUGCGCCGUCAAUUGUUGCUAGUCUCAAAUUGGAGGAGAAGCCUACUCUGCUCGCUAUGCAGCCACAGCCCAAUACCUUUGACACAAACUACACACUGCCGCCAUUGAAAAUCAUGCCAGCCGAUUUCAGUCGCAAAACAAAGCCCGGUAAACAACAGCGGAAGCACAAGGACAAAAAUGGCGCAACGAUCAAGGACAAGGAUGAUUGGGCUCCGAUGGGUAUAAGUCGAUGGGGUGCUUUGCUAAGGGCUAACCCUAUCCAUCCGAAACUGGCAAGAGCAACAAAAUGCCUUAGUUCGCGAGAUUGGAGUGUCGCAAUGCAAGAACUGCGACUAAUUCGUGCUCUCGAGCAAGUCGAAACUCUCAAAGAUGCUAGUAGAUGGAGUUUUCGUCAACCCAAGAAACAACGUGGCGUCGGCGGUAUCACCAAGACUCACUGGGACUAUCUGCUAGAUGAGAUGAAAUGGAUGCGAACGGACUUCCGGGAGGAACGCAAGUGGAAAAUUGCCCUUGCUUACCACCUGUCUACUGCUGUUCUGGAAUGGCAUUGUUUCACCAGUCAAGCGGAACGUGUGGCUCAUGGUAUUUGUGUUGGCUGGCGACGACCCAAGGUUGACCAAACCGAACAUAUGUCAACGCUGGAAAUUGAAGAUCCCCUCGCUUUGGAAGACGAACCCAUGGACAUAUCUAUCGAAGAGGAUGAAGGCACCAUGAUCACAGCAGACACUCCUGCUCCUACCACGUCACUUUUGGCAGUCGACUAUGGCUCAGAUGACGAUGAAGACGACGAGCAGGAGAAACAGAGUGUAUUGGACGCUUUAGAACCAACUUCUGCCCUUGAGGAUGCUUUAGACGUCGCCGAAAAACCGGUUGCGUCAGACUCGGGUUUCGACACCGAGUUCAAGCGGCCAGUUUCUGAAGAUGCAGGUCCAACCUCGCUCUCGCAGGAGGCGGACAAUAUGGACAUUGACCAGAAACCGAUCAUCAAGAAAGAGGAGGUGGACGAUGCUACGCAAUCAUUUGGACUGAAAGAUAGCUCAAUCAACCCAACUCUAUCCCAAACCGACUCUCUGAAAGCGGCUGGCGAGCCAACCUCAUUUUUAGCCGAACCAGUCAUCAAGCCGUCAUCGAAACACAAUAUAUAUGCACCACUUCGCGACUAUUUGACGUACUCUGAACCAGAAAAGCUGUUUAUCGAUUCUCAGGAUGUCGCAAAUAUCAUGAAAGACGCUAGUGCCGAGGGAGGCGCGUUUGACGCCGCUGCAUUGUUCCCUAAAGACCUCUCCCAAAUAUUCCCAGAUCUUCCCCCACUUGCAAUGCUUGAUGUUGCUCCAGGUCCUGCUGAUGGUCGACCCCGGCGCUCUGAGAAACGCGUUGAUCGGGAUGAUGCCAACAAACGGAUCGAGGAAACGAUGCAUACCAAACUGUAUCCCAUCGGGAAAUUCAUGCAUUCGAAACCGACAUUACUUGGCGCAUUACAACCUGCUAAACGCUGGAAGAAUGGGCAAUGGAUUCCUGCUGAAGAUUGCCCCGCUUACGAUGUGGAAACGCCGCCUGUCAAGAUGCACGACAGUCUGAGCGGUGAGCUGCCUGUCACCUUUCAAUUGGGUACUGAUAUUCCUUUUCUUGUAGAGUUGUUCAACGCCAAGUUCACUAUCCCACCGAAAUCUGUGUGGCUGGAGCAACAGAAGGAGAAGGAGAGCAAGGAACGCGAGGCGCGAGAACGUGAAGCCAGGGAGAACAAAGAGUCGUUCGACUUCAAGGACGCUCAACGACGCGCUUCGUCGCAUAUUUGGACCACGGUGGACGACAAUGUCCUCCGUUCCCUUGUGGACAAGUACCCUAACAACUGGCCGCUUAUCGCCGAGUGCUACAACUCGGCCCACGUCAGUAUCUCCACCGACACACGAACUGCGCGGGACUGCCAUGACCGGUGGAAGGAACUUGCUGCUCGGCCUCCCGAGCCAUCACGUGCCGAUGAUCCGCCGCGUGGAAUCAAGCGACUUGCGAGUGCGAGUAUCUCUGGACCCUCUCCUGUUGCUUCUGGUAGCGAUGCAAAGAAGCGAAGACGACAUCAUGUUAUUGUGGAUUCGAUGCGCAAAGUGGGCAAAAGGCGGCAAGAGCAGGCGCAAAAGAGUCUGAACAACCAGCGCAAAGCAUCUGUCGUCCAUGAGACUCAUGCGCAAUACACGCGACUUGCGAAGUACUCGCCUGCAGAACUAAGUCGGAUGAAAACAGAGAAGGAACAGGACAUUAAUGCCCGUCGCAAACAAGACGAAAUGGCGCGGGCUCAAGCUGCUCAGCAACAACAACAGCGGAGUGCGGCGACGCCUGUGGCUCAAGUUCAACCUGCGCCACAACAACCACAGGGUUCUCCUGUCCCGCAAGCAGCCCAACCGGUACCAACUCCCCAGCCACCACCUCAACCAACACCUUCGAGUUCACAGACACCGGUGGCCCAGCCUCCUGUGAUCCAAGCACAGACGCCACAACAACAGCAGGCAAUCCUACAAGCUGCCCAAGCCCAACAUCAACAACGUCUCCAGCAAAUGGCUGCUCGGAACGGAAUACCAAUUGCGCAACAACAGCGGGUGGCCUCUCCAGCGAGAAUACCGCUUACUCCACAGCAACAACAGGUGAUGCACAUGCGGCAGCAAGCGGCGGCAGUCCAGCAGACGAUGAUCCAGCAACAACAGGCGUUGAUAGCACAACAACAAGCUGCUGGGGCGCGGGCGGCAACGUCGUCUCCUCGACCUGUUGUGGCCGCUGUUCCCAACGGGAUGCAGCAGCAGCGGCAUUAUGGCCUGGGGAAUUACACCUCGGAGCAAAUCACACAGAUGCUACAAAUGGCCAGUCAGCAGCAACAGCAGCAGCUUCAACGUCAACAGUAG